UACCCGCCUCUUUUUAUGUUUUCUACUCUCUUUUAGUCUUUAUUCUUUAUUUUAAGUAUAAAAGAGAGGGAAUCCUAACCCUAACACCAAACAAGGCCUUAUAAAUACACUAUACUAUAUAUCCACACUUAAUAAAACAUACUCUUUUUUUUUCCUUAGCAAUGGCAUCCAAAGCAAGAUGCUUUUUGUUCUUAAUCUUAGUUCUCUUUUUUUCCAUCCAAAUUAAUGCUAGAGAUAGCAAAUUCUUCAAUAAAUUAAGUAAAGAAAUGAUUAACCAUGAAUCAAUUACAAUUUCUCCUAUACAAGCACCCAUUUUAGCUCCAUCUCCAUCACCCCAAUCCAAUGAUGUAGAACAUGGGUAUGGAUUAUAUGGUCAAGACCCUUAUGAGAAUUAUGAAUACCCACCAACUACUACUAAUCCCACAAAAACAACUAGAUUUGGUGAAGAAAAGUAUGUUUCUACCCAAGAAGAGUUUAGCAAGAACAAUUUUAAGGAGUUUGAAACAUCUUAUUCCAAUAACGGGAAUGGGAAUGGGAAUGGGAAUGUGAAUGAAAAUGGGUAUGGGAAUGGGAAUGGGAAACAAGGUAUGAGUGAUACUAGAUAUAUGGAGAAUGGGAAAUACUUUUAUGAUGUAAGUCAUGAGGAAGGAGAAAAUGUUCAUUUCAAGACCAACAAUUAUGAGAAUGGGAAUUUGGAGGAAAAGAAGCAAGGAAUGAGUGAUACAAGAUUUUUAGAUAAAGAAGAGGGGAAAAGUGGUGAAUUUUUAGUUAAUAGCAAUGAAAAUGAGAAUGAGUUUAAAAAAUUUGAGAAUGAGAAGAAAGGAAUGAGUGAUACUAGGUUUUUGGAGAAUGGUAAGUAUUAUUAUGAUGUUAAUAAUGAGUAUAAGAAGAAUAAUGAAGAUGUUGGUUUUCAUAACAAUAAUAAUGUUGAGUAUGCUAAUAGUUAUUAUGAGAAUGGGAAUGGGAAUGAAAAAAAUAUGUUUGAAAAUUUUGAGAAUGAGAAGAAAGGAAUGAGUGAUACUAGAUUUUUAGAGAAUGGAAAGUAUUAUUAUAAUGUUAAUAACAAAAAUAAUGAAAAUUGGGAGUUUCAUAACAACAAUAAUGUAGAGUAUGCAAAUAGUUAUUAUGAGAAUGGGAAUGGGAAUGAAAAUAAUGGGUAUGAAACACAAGGAAAAGAAGGUUAUGAGAAUGAGUAUGAGAAUGGGAAUGGAAAUGAAAAGAAUGGGUAUGAAACACAAGAAAGAGAAGGUUAUGAUUACAAACAUAGUAAUGAGUUUAAUGCAAAAGAAGGAAGAGGGAGAUAUAAUUACCCAAAGAAGUUUCCUAAUGAGUAUGAUACUAUGGAAGAGUAUGAUAGGGAACAAGGUUACAUUGAUGGUCAAGAUCAUUAUGUACCUUGAGGCUCUAUUAAACCCGAAUCAUAAGUUGGUCUUGUGAUUUGAGUGUUUUUUAAAAUCUUUAUAACAAAUGUUCGAUUUUAUCAUUUAGGAAGGAUUAAUUUUCUUUUCUACUUGUCUGUAAGAAUUUAUAGUCAACCCCGAAUCAAAAAAUAUUCUUAUAUUUGGGGAUGUUUUUAAUAGACUUUUUGUCAUAGGUUUAUCUAUUAAGUUAUCAAGAUGUAUGUUUCUUGGUUUUUAUUUUGUUGGGUAUUGCUAAAAUUGGCCAUGGUUUUUGUAUUUUUAAGUGGAAAAAAUGCUUACUUUGGAAAGAAGGAAUUUCAUGUCAUGUUUUAUUUGACAGA